AUGGGGCUGCGGCAGGAGGAGGAGGAGAAGGAGGCGAGCUUUGUCGCCAGGAUUCUACAUUUGAUGUCCCUCACGCCCCUCUCCUACUCACUGGUGAUCCUCUACGAUGAGUGCAUCUACGCAGUUCGAGAUCCCUUUGGCAAUCGACCACUGUGCAUCGGUGCCCUCGUCCCACCAAACAGUAGUCACAAAAUGGAUAAAUUAAGUGUCAGUAAUGUCGAUGGUUGGGUCAUUUCCUCCGAAUCGUGUUCCUUUCCCUCCGUCUGUGCGCAGAUCUUCCGCGACGUAAUGCCGGGAGAAAUUGUGAAGCUGGAGAAGUACAAAAUGCCCAAAACACUGGCCAUGGUACCAAGGCCUGAUGAUUCCCCACCCGCCUUCUGCAUCUUUGAGUACGUCUACUUUGCCCGACCUGACUCGAUGUUCGAGGGGCAAAUUGUGUACUCGGUGCGACAGAACUGCGGUCGUCAGUUGGCGAUUGAGGCGCCGGUGAAUCCGCCAAACGGUGACACCUCUAAUCUGAUUGUCUCUGCAGUGCCCGAGUCAGCCAUUCCCGCGGCUCUGGGCUAUGCACUCGAAUCAGGUAUCCCCUAUGUGGAGGUGCUUUGCAGAAAUCGAUAUGUCGGACGAUCCUUCAUUCAACCGUCAAUGCGCCUUAGACGACUUGCCGUCGCCAAGAAGUUUGGCCCACUGGCGCAGAAUUUUAUCGGCAAGACGAUCAUUCUCAUCGAGGACUCUAUCGUCAGAGGCACCACCAUUGGUCAGCUGAUUCGGCUGCUCAAGGACGCAGGUGCUAAAGAGGUGCACAUCCGCAUUGCCUCGCCCGCCCUCCUCUUCCCCUGUUACAUGGGCAUCAACAUUCCCACCAAGGAAGAGCUGAUUGCGAAUCACCUGAAGGCUGACCAGCUGGCACAACAGCUGGGCGCCGCUUCGCUGGUCUACCUCUCCGUAGAGGGCCUCAAAAAGACAGUCCAGAAGGACAUUAAGGAUAAGCUGGCGAAGAAGGGCGUCACCGGGGAGGAGCAGCUGCGCAACCAGGUGGGCCACUGUACUGCCUGCCUCACCGGACAGUACCCGGUCAAGUUGAACUUCUAA